UGUGAGUCGUCAGCGUCGUCAGAUGGGACUCGGAAAAUAAAAUAUAGAAAAUAGAAAUUAGAAACAAUAAAAUAUUAUAAAUGAAGGUGGUGCUGGUUAGGUUUCGGACUUAGGUAAAAAUAAACAACUGAAUUGAUAAUUACCAGUGCUUAUAUGUUAUUGGAUUGUAAUUGAAGAUUUUGUCCCGAUACGUCUUCUAUAAUUUUUAAAUAAUAAUUAUAAUCAUAAAAUACAUAUCAGUAUUGUGGUAUAUUUAGCUUAAUUUAGUAUAGUGCUCUAAAGAUAUACAUCCAGCCAUGAAAUUAAUUUUGGAAUUAAGUGAUAUACCUGAACUAAACAAACCAAAUGUUUACAUAAAGGAUUCUGAUCUUUUGUUACAAAAUAUUAAUAAAAUUAUCAGAGAUGGCCAUCAGAAACUGCAAAUCGUUACUGAUUUUGACCACACAUUGACUAGACAUGAAAUGGAAAAUGGUAAAAUAGUUCUUACAAGUUUUGGUAUGUUCCGAGAGUGUCCCUCUGUGCCUCAACAUUACAAAGAUGAAGAUAACCGGUUGUCCAGCAUAUAUAAGCCCAUAGAAGUAGAUUCUACUAUGAGUAUUGAGGAUAAAACAAAGCACAUGGUUGACUGGUAUAUGGCGGCUCACUCAUUAUUAAAGGGUAUGAAGUUUCCCAAGCAAGAACUAAUUGAAAUUAGCAAAAAGAUGAUUGAUUGCUUCAGGAGUGGUGUGAAAGAAAUCAUAUUAUGGAGUCAGAAAAAGCAGGUUCCAGUGCUGGUGUUCUCUGCGGGGCUUGGGGAGUGUGUGGUGGCUGCUCUUAACUCGGCUAACUUUCUGCUGCCUCAUGUAAAGGUGGUCUCAAACUUUCUGUCAAUGGAUGAGGACGACACAAUAGUGGGCAUAAAGGGUGACGUCAUUCACACGUACAACAAGAACGAGGCCGCGAUCAGAGACACGGAGUACUUCGGGAUGGUGCGAGACCGCAGCAACGUGCUGCUCAUGGGGGACAACAUCGGCGACGCGAAGAUGGCUGAGGGCAUGGCUCACUGUGACGUCAUCGUCAAGAUCGGCUUCCUGGGCAGAAACGUCGAGGCAAACUUACAAAACUACCUCGAAAAAUUCGACAUCGUUCUUGUAAACGACCACACUAUGGAUGUAGCUAAUGCGAUAUUGAAACUCGUGCUGUGAUUUUGUUUUAUUAUAUGCUUACAUAGUAUAUAUUUUUUUAUAUUUUACGAAAAACGGGUCUGUUGAGUUGUGCGAGUUUAUUUUUUUUGUUGUAAAUUUACUUAAUAUUUUUGCGAGAUUGGUGCUUUAUGUUAAACGAUAAAUUGUUGAAUGGUUCAUUUAGUAGUUAUUUAUGCAACGGUUGUGUAAUAAGGAGUAUUAAAACACGAAUGUGUCGCUUUAUCUACACCCAUAAUAUGAAUCCUCUAUAAAAGAUUCUAAAACAUUUUAGUGCUAACAUUAAAAAAGCCAGUCCUAGUAACCAUUACAUCAUCCAAAGGAGUGUUGUAAUGUUGUACUGAAUUUCAUUACAACACUCGUUUGGAUGAUGUAAUGGUUAUAAGGACAUCGGGUGUUUCAAUGUUGGCAAUAAGCUAACUGUUUUAGAAUCUUUAAUAGAUGAUUUAAAGCAUGGGUGUAGAUGAAGUGUAAUACAUGAUGUACAUUGAGUGUAAUUUGAUCUGUUUGGCCUUGUUCCCACUAUGCCGGACCGGUAGAUAUGACAGAAACCGGACACCGGACAGAAUGUUCACAUUACACCGGAUCCCGGAUCUUCUUCAAUCUUAUCCCACUGAACAGGUCUCUCUUGGACAAGCGUGAUAAAAGUUUCUACUUGAAUGUCAAUGCUACACCUCUACUUUUAGCGAGCCGAAUGACUUGACGGGAGCACGGGAGGGGCGAGCGGGGGAGUGAUACCGGCGCAAAUUCGUUCACAUUACUCCGGUCCGGUGGUUUUACCGGCACUUCGCAGUGACAAUACGCUCGGUAUAAAUGCCGGACUCGGUAUUUUUUCCGGAUCCGGCAUAAUGUGAAUAGUUUCAUAUAUAUUCUUUAGCCAUUAGGUCUUCCGACAGUUUUACCGAGCCGGUAAAUCUACCCGUCCGGUAAUGGGAACCCGGCCCUUUGCUUUCUGAAUGCCUGUGUUGCACAAGUUAUAAGCUAUAGAAACCGGGUGACGUCAUCAACGAAUAGUGUUAACAUUCUUAUGAAAAUCUUUGGUGUUCUAUAUUAUUGUUGAUUUUCUUUGUUUUAUUAUAAAACAAUUACUAAUUUAAUAUUUACCAAUCAAAUUACACUCGGAUGAUAAAUUAUCGGAUUGUUAUAUUAUUCUGACCAUUUUAGGAAUGUUAUCUGUGCGUAGUUACGUGCAGACUUCCUUCUGAUGGCAAGUUGAAAUACACUGGAAAAUGUAGAGAAUCCUUAAAAGGUUCUGUGUUAACGAAGAGCUGAGUGCAAUUCAGUCUAGUUACCGUUAUUUACUAGUUCGCACGUUAUUUAUAGUAUACUUAUAUGGUUCAAUCCAUAUUACUAUGUAUCUGUUAUAGAAAAUAUAAUGGUUAACCAUUUUUACUUUUACUUUCAGUAUUGUGUUAGUUUCGACGAAAUUAUUGUUAAUAUUUUUAACUUAUAUUGUUUUUUUAUAUAAAAAGUAGUUGACAAGAAAUUAAUAAAAACACUUUUACAGAAUUUAAA